AUGAAAAGAACAAAGCGUUUUGAAGCUAUAUCCGACGAGCAAUUAAAACAAAGACAGCAUAAUCUUGAAAACAAAAAUACAACAGACAAUGAAAAGAAAGCAGAACGUUUAUUCAAGCAAUAUCUUGCAGAAAUUGGCGAAGAUUUAAAUUUUUGCGAGUUCAGCGAGGAAAAACUUGAUAAACAUCUUGCCAAGUUUUGGUUCGCUGCCAGAACAAAGAAUGGGCAAAAAUAUAAAAUUGGAUCUCUUGAAACUACCAGAUACAGUUUGAACAGAGUUCUGAAACGUUAUGGCCACAAAUUCGAUAUAACAAAGAGGGAAUGCACGGCAUUUACUGCAAGCAUCAAAGCCUAUGAAGAUGCAACGACUGAACUGAAACAAGAAGGAAAGGGAUUCACCAAGAAUCACGCUGCUGUCAGCCCUGAAGGUAAAAUAUAGCAAGAAAUUAUAAUUACUACAUUUAUGUAAACGUUGUGCAUUCCUUUUUAUAUGCAACAACAGAAAUUCCCUCAAUCCUAAUUUCAAACUUUGAUAUUACUUCAGACUUGUACGACAUAUAUCAUAGUCGACAUCUUGACCCUGAUGCAGGACCAAGAGCUCUUCAAAACAAGGUUCA